GGCAGAUGGCAUUUCUCGAAAUCUGAUAGAUUUUUAUUCUAUUACCGGCCUAGCGAAGCGUCUUGUUUUAUUUUAUUUAACAAGUUAACUAAACACAUUCAAUAAUUCAAAAUGUCGAAGGCUCACCCACCAGAAUUGAAGAAGUUCAUGGACAAGAAAUUGUCUAUAAAGUUAAACGCAGGUCGAGCAGUAACUGGUGUCCUUCGAGGAUUCGAUCCUUUCAUGAACCUGGUCUUAGAUGAGUCAGUUGAAGAAUGUAAAGAUGGACAAAGGAAUAACAUCGGAAUGGUUGUAAUCAGAGGGAACAGCAUCAUAAUGUUAGAAUCCCUAGAUAGAAUAUAAUGUUAAUGUAAUUCCAAUUAAUUAAGUUAGUAUAAGUAAUUGAAGUGUUUGUUUAAAACACAGUAACAGUGAAUUUCACUCUUUGUAAUUUUCUAUUAAAAAUACAUAAUUGAAUCCAGUGAAAAAUGUAUGGUAACAAAUGUUUCAAGCUUGGUUCUACACAAGCAUUUAAAAUGCAACCAUUGUCGGUCAUCAAAUAAACAAGUUUUCUAAGUAAA